CUGGGGCUGCGCGCUGGCGCUGCAGGGCGGGAUGCUGUACCCCCGGGAGAGCCCGUCGCGGGAGCGCAAGGAGCUCGACGGCCUCUGGAGCUUCCGCGCCGACUUCUCCGACAACCGGCGCCAGGGCUUCGAGCAGCAGUGGUACCGCACGCCGCUGCGGGAGUCGGGCCCCAUCCUGGACAUGCCGGUUCCCUCCAGCUUCAAUGAUGUCGGCCAGGAUGGGCGGCUGCGUAGCUUUGUUGGCUGGGUGUGGUAUGAACGGGAGGCGACCCUGCCCCAGCGAUGGACCCAGGACCUGGGCACAAGAGUGGUGCUGAGGAUUGGCAGUGCCCACUACUACGCCAUUGUGUGGGUGAAUGGGGUCCAUGUGGCAGAGCAUGAGGGGGGCCAUCUCCCCUUCGAGGCUGACAUCAGCAAGCUGGUCCAGAGUGGGCCCCUGUCCUCCUGCCGCAUUACCAUCGCCAUCAACAACACGCUCACCCCCCACACCCUGCCACCAGGGACCAUCCUCUACCAGACGGACACCUCCAAGUACCCCAAGGGUUACUUUGUCCAGAACACACACUUUGACUUCUUCAACUACGCGGGACUGCAUCGGCCCGUGCUCCUCUACACCACGCCCACCACCUACAUUGACGACAUCACUGUCACCACCGAUGUGGACCAAGACACUGGGCUGGUGAGUUACCAGAUUUUCGUCCAGGGCAGUGAACACUUCCAGCUGGAAGUGCGUCUUCUGGAUGAGGAAGGCAAAGUCGUGGCUCAGGGGACAGGGGGCCGGGGCCAGCUGCAGGUGCCCGGUGCCCACCUCUGGUGGCCGUACCUGAUGCAUGAGCACCCUGCCUACCUGUACUCGUUGGAGGUGAGUCUGACUGCACAGACAGCAGCUGGGCCUGUGUCUGACUUCUACACUCUCCCCGUGGGGAUUCGCACGGUGGCUGUCACAGAGAAGCAGUUCCUCAUCAACGGGAAGCCUUUUUAUUUCCAUGGGGUCAACAAGCAUGAGGAUGCCGACAUCCGAGGGAAGGGCUUUGACUGGGCACUGCUGGUGAAGGACUUCAACCUGCUUCGCUGGCUUGGUGCCAACUCCCUCCGCACCAGCCACUACCCCUACGCGGAGGAGACGAUGCAGCUCUGCGACCGCUACGGGAUCGUGGUCAUUGACGAGAGCCCGGGCGUGGGCAUCGUGCUAGUGCAGAGCUACAGCAACGUGUCUCUGCAGCACCACCUGGUGGUGAUGGAGGAGCUGGUGCGCAGGGACAAGAAUCACCCAGCGGUUGUGAUGUGGUCUGUGGCCAAUGAGCCCGCUUCCGUCCUGAAACCUGCCGCUUACUACUUCAAGACGCUGAUUGCCCACACCAAAGACUUGGACCCCUCCCGGCCCGUGACCUUUGUGACCAACUCUAACUAUGAAGCAGACCUGGGGGCGCCAUAUGUGGAUGUCAUCUGUGUGAAUAGUUACUACUCCUGGUAUCAUGACUACGGGCACAUGGAAGUGAUUCAGCUGCAGCUGGCGACCCAGUUUGAGAUGUGGUAUAGGACCUAUCAGAAGCCGAUUAUUCAGAGCGAGUAUGGAGCAGAAACGAUUGCAGGGUUUCACCAGGAUCCACCUCUGAUGUUCAGUGAAGAGUAUCAGAAAGGUCUGUUAGAACAGUAUCAUUUGGUUCUGGAUCAAAAACGCAAAGAAUAUGUGGUUGGAGAGCUCAUCUGGAAUUUUGCUGAUUUUAUGACUGACCAGUCACCGCAGAGAGCAAUGGGAAAUAAGAAGGGGAUCUUCACUCGUCAGAGACAACCAAAAGGUGCAGCGUUCCUUCUGCGAGAGAGAUACUGGAAACUUGCCAAUGAAACCAUGUACCACCGGUCAGCUGUGAAGUCACAGUGUGUGGCAAACAGCCCGUUUACUGUUUAAACAAGAACUACCUCUCUACUGAAACCAGCUCUGUCAGCCCCCUCCUCCCCAAGUAAGGGGCGACUGCCACAGCAAACAGAGCAGUGCUUCCUGGACUGUGCAUGGCAGACUGGAAAGUUUCUGGUCUGGAUUUUGUAGUAAUCUGCUAAAAGGAAACAGAAGAAGUGAAAAUAAAGGCUUUUGUAGUAUGGGAAUAAAGAGUUUGCUUAAAAGUGACCAUCCGUAAAUCU